UCAUGGAGGAGAGUGGAAAAGGGUCACUAAAAGCGGAUGGGAUAAAAAAUAUUCAGACAACAUCUGUCAACGCCUCAACUGUGGGGAGACAACUGCAGAUAAUCAUCCUGAAAAGUUCUUCCAGGGUUCUGGAAACUUUGUGUCCGUGAAGUGUGACCGAAACCAGCCUGACAUUUCUGAAUGUGUGAAAUCUGAGCAAAACACAAGAAAUGAAGAAGCUGUAGGAAUAACCUGCAAGAAUCAUGAAGUGGUUUUUCUAGAUGGAUCUGAACCCUGUUCUGGAGGGGUGGGAAUCAGACAAAACAACAACACCUUCUGGCUCUCCGGGUCCAAUGAGACCUGGAACUCUGAGGCUGCACAAACAGUGUGUAAGCAGAUGCACUGUGGCGACCUCACCAAGUUCUACUCUAGACCUUCUGCUGAGGACAUGACUGAUAUGACCUUCAGAGCUUACCGCUGCUCUGGAAACCAAGCGUCUCUCCUUGACUGUGACAAAGUGGAACUUCCUGACCACAAUGAGACCAUUGCUCAGGUGGAAUGCUCAGGAACAAUCAACAUGAGCCUGAGUAAGGGCUGCUGGGGGAAAGUCCGCAUUCUAGCAGAAGGAAAGUCUGAAGGUGUUUGUGCAGACUCCUGGACUGAGGAAAUGUCUAGAGCUCUGUGUCGAGACCAAGGCUGCGGGGAAGCUAUUGUAGAAGUUAACAAGCCUCCCUCAAAAGAACAUGUCAUGUUUAAAAGUCUGCACAUCAUCAGCAAAAAUUUUACCCUGAGGGAAAGCACCUUUGUUAAAAUGGAGAACAGAGAAAUGUGUGAUCCGGCCUACGUCAUCUGUGCAGGUAAUACCUUAUUCAUCUAAUUAAUUCUCUUUAAAAUGAAGCAAAAAAGUACAAAUUAUUAAAUUUCUGUUAUUUGCAAUGGGUUUUUAAAUAACACCAAGAACUUUAGAACAUUUUACAUAUAAUUGAAUUUAAAGAGCUUCCUAAUUCUAGAAGAACUCAAAAGAUUUGUGGAUUUGACCAUCCCAGCCCGCCCCACACCAUAUUUAUGCACGUCAAAAAUCCAUUCAGUUAAAAAUGUAACUAAACAUUUAUAUUUUUCUCUGCACAGC